AUAAAAACAAUCAGUGACUUUUCUCAAAUUGUCACACCUUGGCGGUAGUCAUAAAUCAACUAAAAUUGUUGACCUGCAGAUCAGUUCACAUGUGUGAAGAUCAGUGAAUCUGCUCGUGAACUUUACCUACAUAGAUUCAUGAUUUGCGUUUCGAACUGCGUGUUCCUUGGCAGCUCGUGGCUUUUCUCACUCAUAGUUAUUAUAGUACACUCACAUAGAGUCGUGAGCUGUCAAUUUAGUUGUUGAGCCGCAGGUCUAUGGUUCAAGUUUAAAUGGUCUUAAAUUUUGAACAGAUUUAGAGCUGAUUUACAGACGUCUACUUGGCAGAUGACGAACAAAAACCGACGUCUUGAUACUUAGGGGACAACAAAAAAAGAAAUAAAUACAUAAUUCGAAUCAAACGCGAAGAUGUAGCAGCCCUAUGUGUGCGCGUUUACAUUUACACAAAGAUAGAAGAGUAUGUACCUAUAUAAAUACGUCGUCGGCUCGGCAGACCUUGGCCGAGCAAAUCUAUACCAAUACAGUGAAGUGAGGUUAUCUUUGUAGCUAGGACGUCGUGUUGUAGCGAAUUUACGUAUAACAGCGUAAUAAUGUCUUACGUAUUAUAGUGAAAUAGAAGAAACAUUAGGUAUAUUAUUAGAGAAUUUGCAUAAAAUGUGGUCGAUCGUCUUACAUAAGUUUUGUUUACUAUAAUUAAUCACACUACUGCAAGUAAACACACUAAAAUUGUAUAAUUUCUAGUCAUAAAAAGUGUAAUUCAAUUUAUAAAUAUGUCAAAGAAUCUCUUAAAAUCCUUGAUUCUUACCUCAAAGUGUGUAAAAAAUAAUUCUUCGUUUGGAAUUAUAAGUGCAUUAUCCUCUCGGAGGCUACACAUGGGUGAUGCAACACCAAAAGAAAUAAAAAUCCCUGUGAAAUGGGGUCAUGUAUCUGGUAAGCUUUGGGGCGAUGAGAACGAACAGCCCAUAUUGGCGCUGCACGGCUGGCAGGACAACGCCGGGACGUGGGACACAUUGGCGCCGUUGCUUUACAAGAAACGACCCAUACUUGCCGUCGAUUUUCCGGGUCACGGAUUUUCGUCGUGGUUCCCACCUGGUAUGGUGUACUACCCAUGGGAGUUCGCUCGUCUUAUUCUCUAUAUAAAGCAAUAUUACAAAUGGGACAAGAUCUCGCUUCUCUGUCAUUCGAUGGGCUCUAUUGCAGGACUUCGCUUCGCCUCCUUAUUCCCUGAUGACGUCACCUUUUACAUCGCCAUCGACAGCCUCAUAGCGGACGAUUACGAUUUGAACGCAGUCGUCGAUAAAUAUCCGACCACUAUGUUGAAAAUGCAAAAGGCACAUUCGCGAUUAGAAGAUGAGCCACCGUCUUACACCAUAGAUGAAAUGAUUAAAAUCUGGCACAAAGGUACAAGGCAAUCUGUCGCCUUGGACAGUGUUAAGUACUUAAUAACGCGAGGUGCCAAGCCAUCGACAACUGACCCUAACAAAUUCUAUUUUUCAAGAGAUUCAAGAUUAAAACACAUCCUAUUUACUCCAGAAGACAAACGUUUCGUGGAAGCGCUCGUUAAAAGAUUGACUUGUCCGACUUUAUAUGUAAAGGGUUUGGACUCUCCUUUUGCGUCAGAUGACUUUUCUGUUGAAAUGCGCGAAUUGAUUAAGAAGAUAAAUCCAAAAUUCGACUGUCAUAUGGUACCUGGAACACAUCACUUGCAUUUAAACGAACCUGAAAAAGUAGCAAAUUUAAUCCUGCCGUUUUAUGAAAAAUAUAACUUAAUCAAAUAACUACAUUUUAUUCUGUCUUAGUAUGUAUUUAUUUAUUUAGUUAUAUUGUGAUAGUUGAGCACAAUUUAUAGAGCGUUUAUUAUAGAGUAUAGAAAGCCGUAAUCGUACUUAUAGACAUCUGUUUGUUAAACGAACAGCAUUACAGUAUUACAUAGCGAAUAUGACGCCGACGAUAUCGCGGUUUGAUAUCAAACUGGAAAAAAAAAGAUGUAACAAAAAUGUACUUUGGACUCUUAUUAUAACGAAUUGAAACGAUUAGAACAGAACUUUAUCUCGAACAGGAAAUAGAAUAAGUUAUCUUAAUAACACUUCGAAUAAUGUUAUUUUGAUUAGUGUCGAUUCUUAGAGCAAUUUUACCAAAGGGCUCUUACUAACGAAAAGUAUUAAAC